AUGCGUAUGACGGCAGAUCUUGAUCCAUUAGGAGUUGUACAACGAUCAAGAAGAAUGUUUGUAAGAAGGGUUUACCAUUCUUUGGGGCCAAAUCACACCUGGCACAUUGAUGGCUAUGACAAAUUAAAACCCUAUGGUUUGGCCAUAAGUGGCUGCAUUGAUGGAUACUCUCGGAAAGUGAUGUGGUUGGUCUGUGGAGCCAGCAAUAACAACCCAGAAGUUAUAGCUAAUCAUUACCUGCAGUGUGCCACUGAAUUUGGGGUCAUACCAAAGCUUCUUCGCACAGACUGUGGCACUGAAAAUGGAGUAAUGGCUGCAAUCCACUGCAUUCUGAGAUCAAACCACCAAGAUGAUCUUGCAGGGGCUGCAAGUCACGUGUAUGGUUCAUCAACUACCAACCAAAGAAUUGAAAGCUGGUGGUCAUAUUUCAGAAAACAAAGGACUCAGUUCUGGAUGGAUCUUUUGAAUGACCUGAAAGGGAGACAACUUUUUAAUGGCAGUCAUGAGCACAUAUGCUUGGUGCGUUUUGUUUUUUUGGGCAUGCUACAGAAGGAGCUGAUGAAACCAAAGAAAUUUGGAACACACACACCAUUAGGGCAGUUAAACAAUCUCGCUGUCCUUCUGGGAAACCAGAUGCAAUGUACAUUCUUCCACACAGGUUUAAUGGAACAGAUUGUGGAUUCCCUAUCUCACAGGACGACCUGGACCAGUUUCUGGCUGAACACACCAGCUUCAGGCAAACUUUAAAGAUUUACAUACACAAGGCAAUUU